UGUCCUCCUCUUCGCACCGAUACGAACCCUCCAGAGAUGCGAUCGAGGUGAUCAGCCCCGCCAACUCACCUGUCCCCUCUCAGGAAAAGAUGCCACCUUACCACCAGGAGCCCCCCAAAAUGAACCCAGGAGAAAGAGACUGCAGCCGCCAGUACGAGGGGUCCAGCCAUCCUUACAGGCCUUCGCAGGAUUCGCCCUCGCCACAGCAGCAGUCGGCCCAGCAGCAGCCGCCGGCACCACCGGCGCCACAGCCGGCCCCUCCGCCGGCCCAGGGCGAGGGGAUGGGCCCCGUGCCUCGGACUCACCGCUUGAUCACCCUGGCCGACCACAUCUGCUCCCCCGAGAGAAGCCACGUCUCCUCGGAGUCGUACGAGCCGAUCUCUCCACCGCAGGCGCCGGCGGCCCACGAGAAGCAAGACAACUACCUGUUGCUGUCGCAGAGGCCGGAGCCUUUGGAACAGAGGACAGACUCCCGUUCUCCGGGCAGCAUCACUUACCUGCCUUCCUUCUUCACCAAGCUGGAGAACACCUCGCCCAUGGUGAAGUCGAAGAAGCAGGAGAUCUUCCGUAAGCUGAACUCGUGCGGGGGAAGCGAAUCCGAAAUGGCAGCCGCUCAACCUGGGACAGAAAUAUUUAACUUGCCAGCAGUCACCACCUCAGGUUCGGUCAGCACCAGGGGCUCGUCUUUAGCCGAUCCGGCCAGCAACCUGGGCCUGGAGGACAUCAUCCGCAAAGCCCUGAUGGGCAGUUUCGACGACAAAGGCGAGGACCACAGCCUGGUCAUGGCGCAGCCCCUGGGGAUGGUGCCCGGCGGGUCGUUACCGACCAACAGCGAAACGCGGCGGGAGGAAACCAACCCCUCUCCCAACCCAGGUGGGGGGGUCAGCAAGCAGAAGCUGAUGGGCAAAUCCGGGAGCAGGAAGUCCAAAUCCCCAAUUCCUGGUCAAGGCUACCUGGGAACGGAGCGACCCUCCUCGGUCUCCUCGGUCCACUCGGAAGGCGACUAUCACCGGCAGACCCCUACCUGGUCGUGGGAAGACCGGCCCUCCUCCACAGGUUUUUAA